AUGUAUAUAUGCCGUUUUUGUGGCGCUGGUCGUGAACAAAGCGCUUGUCGACGUACUCAAUCCAAAGAAAUUUUGCUCCUGAUGUUGACUGCAAUGAUGGAGAAGGGCAAAAUAUCAGUGUCUAAUGCGCGAUCAUUGUAUUAUGAAGGCAUCCGUUUACGACAACGCAUCUGUAAAAUCCACUUUAACGAAGGGGCAUCUUAUAUCGGCGAGCUUGUAGGAAGAAUAUGCAGAACUGCUGUGCAGGAUCUCUUCACUGUGCCGAGUUAUGUUAUGGAAGAAGCUAUUGCUCAUUUUGAACCGUACAUUAGAGACAUUGAUGCUGAUUUCAAGCUGACAGCCUAUCAUGUGGCAGCAUUCCAUCGAGACUUCAGUUUGGCUGAAGUGACAAUCGGAUCUCAGACAGAAAAAGAAUCAUUCCAUGCUUGUCUCCCAGAGUCUCUAAAAUUAGAAAAAACGGAUCCACAACUGCUCGAAGAGCAUUUUCUAGUAAAGGGGAGUCAGCUGCUGAAACUAUUCCGUUUCUGUCCAUCCUGUGGUAGUAAAAUAGCAGACUCGGAGUGUGUGAGUCUGACAGCCUCUGGGAAGGCUCCCAUUGUGCACUACAUCUGCACGGAAUGUUCCCCUUUUGAGAAACGUUUCGAAGGACAAGAAGACGACGCUCCCCAGCCAAAUGAGAUUGGCUUUAAUGGCGAUGUUAAGAUUGCUACGGCUUCUGAAUUAAUGGACAGCCUGUGUGAGAACCCGCAGCCGUUGGCCGAAGAAGCUGUCAUUGACAUUUCCCCGAAUGCCUCACCACUUUUUGGGUUGAACCAGCUGAAGGCUGACGAAGAGAUUGAGUCUACUUCUGGAAAAAGAAUCAAUAGAGAUUCCGGACUCCAUCCGCGAAGAACGGACACGCAGAGUUAA